CAUGCCUUGCGAUAUGUCUUCACUGCACAUACCUAUGUGCUUUGUCGUCUGUGGUGAUCUAUAUCGUAGCUGAGAGCUUACCUUGACUCCGUCAUGAAACAAGAUAUUCCCGUGGUAGUCAUCGGCCUUGAACAUCGGCGUGGAAUCAGCGUCAUUCCGCCAAUUUUCGGGAACACGCUUUAUUACGUCGCUUCUUGUAUGGACCUCACCGAGGUGGAAGAGUACCGCUAUAGCCCUCACAACCUUGCUGUCAUCCUGCACAACCUUCAUCCGAGGCCCCGGGCUCUCCUGAUUGGCAUUGCUGUUGACCCGUCUUACACCUGUAGAGCGUGUCUGGAACGAGGAUGUGGACAAGGCUUUGAAGCUCGAGAAGAACGAUUCGAGAGGAUGGCAGGAAAACGUCUGCGUCUCGGGUACCUAUUCUCCUAAACGAUACUGGCAUGAUAGCUCAUAAAGGAAAGCUUGCCAGGACACAUUUUGUCGACCCUCAAAAACCCGAGACCUGAUUAGAAAUCAGGAGUACGUGGCAGAAGGAAAUGUUCCGUCAGCAGAAUGGGGCGUUCCUACCCAAGUGAGCUAGCCAGAUACAAAUGCUAUGUAGAUGAAGCGGGUUGGGUAUCAAUCAUGAACUGAACUGCAUCCAACACAAUUUCAUUUUCUCAGAGUUCUUCGCUGUCAUGUCUAUGAUGUACUGAGGAAUGUGUCGUUGCAACUUAUCCACCCCAUCCUGACGGCC